UUCACCCCUUCCAAUAACCAAACGGUGUUUCUCCCGGGCAUUCUACACUAUUCAUUCAUUUUCAAACCAGUUGAUAUUUUCUUCCACGGCAUGGCGAUCUCGCCAAUGGUUUCCAGUAAAAAACGCUCAUCAAACUCUCCUUCUUCCAAGCAGCUUGAGAAGAUGAAGGUCAAUAAGAAGCAGCUCAAGGGGUCAUCUUCUUCCAAGAAAAACAAAGGGGCAAAGGAUAAGGGUUGUUUGGCGCUAAUCAGGAAGAAGGCUAAAGGCGGAGGUGUAAAGAUGGAGUAUUCCUUAGUUGACAAGAAUACGUUGGCGAUGAGGAGAGCACAAAAGAUUCAAGCACAGCUUGCACCUGGAUUUCCUAGUCUAGUCAAGUUCAUGCUGCGUUCUCAUGUUACUGGAGGAUAUUGGCUGGGCUUGCCAAAAUCAUUCUGUACUCAUUUGCCAAAGCAUGAUGCUACUAUUAUUUUGGUGGAUGGGGAUGACAAAGAAUGGGAGAUUAAGUACCUCGUUGAAAAGUCAGGCUUCAGCGGUGGAUGGAGAGGCUUCUCCAUUGCCCACAAUUUGAUUCCCGGGGAUGUCUUAAUUUAUCAACUUGUAGAGUCUUGCAAGUUUCAGGUAUACAUUGUCAGGGAAAAUGACUCAACUGACGAUGACUUCGCUGCCAUUAGUCUUUUGAAUCUAAGACAUCAACCACUUGCAACAGAAAAGCAGCAGCCAUUUCCGGAACUGACAAGGCAAGGCGAGACCAAAGUGAAUCAGGAGUCAUCAAUGUCAGAACAUGGCCCUACACCAUCACAUGUAUCUGCUAACGCCUCCGAUGAAGAUGAAGAUGAAGGUCUCAGAUUGGCAGACUCUGCUCCCGACUUUUCUCAGGCAAAAGAUUUCAAGAGCUUCUGCAUCUUUGCCAAUGGUUUGAUAAUUGAUUCAGAGAUCCCACGAGACCUGAGGGCCAAGUACUAUCAGCUCUGCCGAACCCAAAAUUCAUAUCUUCAUCAACACCUCAUAGAAGGCCUCAACUAUAAGCUCAUUGCUGGCAUCAUCUCAGAGACCGUAAACAUAGCAGAUGCUAUUAGAGCUUCCAAGCUCACGGCUCCUGGCUGCCAGCAUUUGGAAGCAUGGGACACUACCCUCAAAGGGUUUGAGUGUUUAGGCAUGGGAGUCCAGUUCUUGCGCGAGAGACUACAAAAGCUCAUUAGUUUAUCAUAUGAGUCGUCAGAGAAUGCCGCGUCGAAGAGAAGAGAACGACGCACUGUCUUAAAAGAUGAGCUGAAGGAUCUCAGAAGCAAGAUGUCAAAGAUGAAAGAGGCAAUGCAGAGUUUGGAUGAUGAGAUAGAGCUGUACAGCCAGAAAGAUAGGGUAGAGACGAUGUUCAGAGAUGUGGCCACUGCUCCAUGGUGAUUCUCUGUCUCUGUGUGAUGUCUUUCUUGGUAGUGUAUAUUUUUGGUUAGGAAUGGCUUCUCAUUUUGACCCCUCCCUUGCAGUAUUAGAUAGCUGAUAGUUGCUGGGAAGCUUGUGUACUAUUAUGUGUACCCAUGUAUCAUAUUAGUUUUUGUGUAUACUUGAUGUGGUAUAUUUUUGUGUUGGAAAAAACACUCCGGACUUUCCCGC